AUGCGCUCCUGUACCACCUCCUCAUGCUGCUGCCAGGUCCAGAGUGUGUCAUGGGCCCCCGUACCGACUCCUCAUGCUGCUGCCAGGCCCGUAAUCUGUCAUGGGCCCCUGUACCGCCUCCUCAUGCUGCUGCCAGGUCCAGAGUGUGUCAUGGGUCCCUGUACGGCCUCCCAUUGCUGCUGCCAGGCCCGUAAUCUGCCAUGGGCCCCCGUACCAACUCCUCAUGCUGCUGCCAGGCCCGUAAUCUGUCAUGGGCCCCUGUACCGCCUCCUCAUGCUGCUGCCAGGUCCAGAGUGUGUCAUGGGUCCCUGUACGGCCUCCCAUUGCUGCUGUCUCCAUCGCCACACUCUGCCAUGUGCCACUUUCAGGUCUCCUCACACUGCUGGUGGGUUCCAUUUUGUCAUAGGGUGCUGUAUGGCCUCCCAUUGCUGCUGCCUCCACCACCACACUGUGGCUCCACACUCUGGUUUUGGCCCCGUGACUGCCCAAAUGAGUGAAGUGUGCGGUGAUUCUAAGAUCGACGGCACUCAUCUGCAUGUACUACUGACUGACAGUAUUAUUUCUCUUCCCCAGCAGACUCCAAGGGCAUUUAAAUUAAAGGUACAGUGUUCUGCACUAAUAUAA